AAAGACGCUUUGUGAUUUCCGUGGUGAGUGAAUGGAUGGAGGUGGUGCCCUCGAGCUCUGCCAUAUGGAGUACCGAAUCACUGCAGGGAGAGAAUAGAGAAAAAAAAUGGACGCGUGAAGCGGAAAAUGUAAACGUGGUAGACUCGUGUUAACGUAAACGUAAAACCCGUGGGCUUUUUUUUCUGGCACAACUUUAAAAGCAGAUGACAACAACACAGUAGUGUUGGCAACGGGCAAGUGUUUCAGUUCCCACAUGCGGCAACAAAGAUGAGGAUACAGGGACAGCCUGAGGGCGCGAGGAGGCGUCUGGAUAUGAAUGCAUCCGGUGAGUUCAAGAGCGUGGAGGUCAUCCGUGGUCGGGCUGGAUAUGGCUUUACUAUUUCAGGACAGAGGCCGUGCAUGUUGAGCGGCAUCCUGGAAGGAAGCCCGGCAUACUUGGUGGGGCUCAGACAAGGAGAUUGCAUCAUGGUCAUCAAUGGAAGUGACGUGUCUACUGCUUCUCAUGAGGCUGUGGUGCAGCUGAUUGGCAGCUGCAAAGGACCCCUGUGCUUGGUGGUGCAGGCUGAAGGCCGAGUGUUGGGAAACCCAAUCCUUAAUGAUGUGAAAUUUGGGUUUCCUCAGAAAAGUGGCGUUUUCCAAAAGGCAAGUGUUUUCCGCACCGUCUCAGAUGACUCAAGCAACUCCUCCUUUAACGCAAGUUGUUCGGUUGCCGCCAAACAGAGGCCGGUUUCAGAGCCGGAUAUGUCACAGUGGUCACAGCAGUGGAGUGCUUUAGCUGAGCAGCCAAGGGAGGAGACUUCCACGUCUGGGGAUGCAGACUCUGUUAUUACAGACGAAGCCAAUCCAGACUGGGGUGUUUUGAACAUGACUUUGGUGGUUGGCUACCUGAGCUCCACAGAGCUGAUUUUGAACACUAGUGAAUCAGAGGACUGUUCAAAGGCCAUUCUGGAGAGAAUCCGACAGCUGGGCACUGAGCAGGACACCCAUACCCUUGUGAUGAUGAAGAUCAUGUUUGAUUGCAUUCGUCUUUGUGACGACGCUGGAGCUGUUUUGGCAGCUUUCCCUGCUGAGAACCUGGUCUUGGGGGCUGUGUGUACUGAAGACCCACGUUUUUUUUGCCUGGUCACCACAGGGCAUAUUAUUAAUGGCCGUGUGCCAGAAGAUAGUCCUCUGCGUGCCUCCUGCCAUGUUUUUUUCAUUGACCCAGAUCUGGGAAAUCACAAGGAUCACACUGGGAUUGCUGGCCGUUUUGGUUUCAACUGCACUCCAGAUCCAGAUGCCUCGGGCUGCCUGGAAUUCCCACAGACUCCCCCGGAUGUUCUUAACUUUGUAACAGUACUUUACAGCGACAUGGGGGAGGCUGUGGAAAGACUAAGAGUGAAACUGGACGCAGAAGCCCAGGAGCAUGCCAAGGAGAACGUCAGCACUGCCAAACGUGGCAGUGCCAGCAGCAAUGGGGACAGUGGUAUUGGAAAUGUUUCUCCCCCUGAGGAGAGAGCGGACAGGGAUUUCCCUUCGGUGAUCCAAAACCAUCCUGGGGCCCACCUCCCCAGCUGUCCAUGGGAUUAUCCUCUGGCUGAGGGCCUCACCCCAAUAACCCUCUCCAAGAAUGGCCAAAAACUUAAUCCAGAGAACACUACCAGCACAGAUUCCCUUUCAGAGUCAUUACCUGGCCCAGAUUCUUUAGUUAGCUUUUAUGGAGGACCCCCACCCAGACUACAGUUCCAGUUCAAGCCCCCACCACCUCUUAUGCGUUUGGAUAAAAAAACAAACUUCUCUGGAGAUCCUCUCAGAGGGAGCCAACGGUGGUUCUCAAAGCCAAAGUGGCCAAAAGUCCUGAGUAGUGAUCCAGCACUAUGUGAAACAUCCAACAACAACUGGCCCUCACACAAUAGUCUUAGUGCCAGCACCAAUAACCUGCCACCUCCAAUGAGCCAGAUACCCUCGGAAAGAUACCAGUCAGCUGAAGUCAUGAUGCUGCCUCCCAGGGAGGAAUGGACCAGAAAGUUUGUAGAACAGAGACAGAAGCAGCAAAAGGAUGGCAGCACUAGAAAUGGUUCCAGGUUUUGGGGUAUAGGCGCUAUUCGUGCGUCUAAACGUCGUUCUGCCAAACGUCUCAGCCUGGCGCGAUCGCUGGAUGACCUUGACUCUGCUGCUUCAUCAGAUGGUGACUAUAGUGGGAUCCAGCUGCAGAGCUGCUGCAGCCAGAGCAGCCUGAACAGUAAUGGCAGCCUUCCAGGAGCAGGCAGCAACCGAGGGGCUCCAGAGCAGCGUGUGGCCAGCUGGUCCUCCUGCUUUGAGCGUCUCCUCCAGGAUCCCGUGGGUGUGCGCUACUUCUCGGAAUUUCUCAAGAAAGAAUUCAGCGAGGAGAAUAUCUUGUUCUGGCAGGCCUGUGAAUACUUCAGUCAUGUCCCUGCAACAGAUAAAAAGCAGCUGUCCCAGAGAGCAGGGGAGAUCUAUAACAGCUUCCUGUCCAGCAAGGCCACCAUGCCGGUCAACAUCGACAGCCAAGCCCAGCUGGCCGAUGACGUGCUAACCUCCCCAAGGCCUGACAUGUUCAAGACCCAGCAGCUACAGAUCUUCAACUUGAUGAAAUUUGACAGCUAUUCGCGUUUCCUCAAGUCCUCCCUCUACCAGGAGUGCAUGCGUGCUGAGAUGGACGGUCAGCCCUUGCCGGACCCCUACCAAAUCCCCUGCAGCCCCGCCCCCUCAAAGCACAGUGCCAGCUCUGACCGCUCCACCCUGUCGACCCCCAAAAAGGACGUCAGAAAGCAGCGCUCAGGGAGGUCCCUGAAUGAAGACGGCAGAGACGAGAGCGCCGACAAGAAACGUGGCUUCUUCUCUUGGUCGCGCAACAGGAGCUUUGGGAAGGGUCCAAAGAAGAAGGACAUCGGAGACAUUAACCUCGAUUACUGGGGCAGUAAUGGGAGGAGGGAGUCCCAGGGCUCCUUGUCAUCCGGUACCAGUCUGGAGAUGCCCAUUUCCUGCUCCGCUGGCAAGAUUGAGUCUGAUAAUCGCCACUCGGUUGGAGCGUGGGAACGUGCUCCCAAACAGUGCAGCGUGCUGCUACCCAACGGCUCCUGCUCUUCUGUCAGCCUUCGGCCAGGUGCCUCCAUCAGGGAAGUCCUCCAAGAACUCUGCCAGAACAUUAGUGUCAACGUUGCCGCCGUUGACCUUUUCCUCGUGGGAGGAGACAAGCCUUUAGUGUUGGACCAAGACUGUAUGACACUAAGCUCCAGAGACCUGAGACUGGAGAAGCGCACAUUGUUUAGGUUGGAUCUGGUGCCCAUUAACCGCUCCGUGGGGCUGAAAGCCAAGCCGACCAAGCCAGUCACUGAGGUCCUGCGGCCCGUGGUGGCCAAAUAUGGUCUCCACCUCGCUGAUCUUGUGGCCAAAAUAAGCGGCGAGACUGAGCCUCUGGAUCUGGGUGCCCCCAUAUCGAGUCUGGACGGCCUGCGAGUUGUGCUGGAGCGAGCAGAUCCCUGUUCAGUCAAAGACAAAUCCAAGUCUUCCUCCUUAAAAAAUCACCCAACCCGGAGUUUUUCUGCGACAGGAGAUGAGAGGUCAGCACCAAAGGACUUUUCUGUGAGGCCAAGUGGACCAGACUCAGCACUCCCAAGGGAUAAGAGAAAACAGAAAAAGAUUAAUAUAGAUGAAGCUGAAGAAUUCUUUGAGCUGCUGAGCCGGGCGCAGAGCACCCGAGCCAACGACCAGCGUGGUCUCCUGAACAAAGACGACCUAGUGCUUCCCGACUUCCUGCGACUGACUCCGCCCACUUCCUCUGUCUCCGUGUCCUCCGACCUGGCCUGCUCCACCCCCAACUCCCUGAAACCGGUUCGAGAGAAUGGCAUUCCCUCCCGGAGCCCCCUCACUUCCAGCCUACGCUCGGAGAGCCUCGACUCCUCUCUUAGCUCCAGUGCGAACGGACACUCCAGGCGGUGCCUCAUGCCCCCUCCACGCCACCCAACCUUCGGCACUCACAUGUCCCCCAUCCUCCGGCCCUCAGACACCCGUCCAACCCUCCGCACCGUGGAGGAGGACGCCAACACCGACCUGACUCUCAUCGGUGAAGGCGACAUCAGCAGCCCCACCCUGCUGCCUCCUUCACCAUCCCCUGUGUUGUCCUUCGAUAGCAGCCUGCCGGCAGCCAACUUCACCCCACCACCGCCCUGCUCCCAGGCUAAAGACACGGGUGAAGAGGGAAAGUCCAGUUCAGAGGCGACAGAAACGAUCCCUAAUGCCAAGUCACCUCCUAAAAAAGCCAACGCUGCACAUACCAUUCAGGAGGUGAUGGAUGUGGAGGGAGUACAUCUAGAAGAAGGAACAGCGGAGACAUCCCAGGGUGAGGACUCUGAGUUGAGUCUGAGUUUUCAGGGCUAUGUCGCCGAGCUGCGACAGUGCCAGAGCAAAAUGAGAAACGCCCAGAUGCCCCAGAACGGCCGCAACCCACCGGAGGGCCAGGACUGCAACACAGAUCUUUACAAGGCCACCAUCGUCUAAAGGGACCCCCCCCCCUCCCCCCCAUCCCCACUGCUGCACUUUUAAAGCCUGAGCGACUGUUGUUCGAGGAGAUGUAGUCGAACAAUGUGCUGCAUGUACAAGUUGUCAGUUUUCUUUACUAAAGCAUCAAUAUUAUGGUGAUGGAUAUUGUAUAUUUGUUUAAAAAAAGUUCAGGCAUCCUGUUGACUUCUAGUACCGGUUGUAAUUUUGGGACAGUGAUAUGUUUUGUUAUUGGUAUGCUUUGAUAAUUAACUAUUUUGAGCCAUGUUAGGCUAAAUAAUAAUACCACAGAAGAAGCCUGAAACUCACUUUGGGGUACCAGUUGAUAAUAAUUGUACACAAUUUAAAAAGUGGAAAUGACUGAGAAACAGGACACUGCUUGAUAAGAAGCUGCUUAACAUCUUCUAAACAAAAAAACAAUGUAAUAACCGGCAGCCUUCUGGUGGUGGAAACCAAAAGGUUAAAGCUCAGGAAAACGCUUGUUCAGGUUCUUGAUAACAAUUUCGAAACCAUCACCAAAUGAUUUAAUAAGCUGUUAAGCUGUUUGGGUAUAUUGAAUUUUACAUUAAAGUCCCAAUUAACUGUCCACCCAUUACCUUUUUCUGCUAGUCUUGCGCUGAGAAAAGUUGUGAGAUGCAAUUGAAAUAGCAAUGAUAAUUUAAAAAUCUAGAAAGUAAAGCUUGACUUUUGUUUUACGUGUCCUGAUUAGAAAGUAGGACCACAUGCUAGGAGAGGACUCUUAGAUAUUUGACUAUUUCUUGUUCAUAUUGUCUUCCUGUGUUGUACAGAUGACACAUAACAGUACCUCUAUCGUCUGUACUUUCUGCUUCUGUGGUUGUGAGGUUGUCCUAAUUGUUGAACAAUUAAAAGGCUUCGAUGGCUCUACUUUCAA